GUUUAAUCAGAGGUUGUGACAUAGCCACCUCCACGGAAACCUUGACAUUGAAUGAACCUUGAACUUUGCAACUCGAUUAUCACAGUUAGACAUUUUAGCUUGGAAGCCCGAGACCUGGCAUUCGCGACGAUCGAGGAAUCUGAUAGGCUCACAAGUUGAGCUUGUACCCAAUCAAAAUUAGUGCUGAAAUAUGUAGGGUAUAACGUGAAGGCCUGGAUAAGAUGUACGUAGUUAAAGCGAGAUCAAAGGAAGGCCUUAGGAUGAUCCACUACUGUGGCUGGAACAAGACUGAAGACAUCCGUAGUGGAACCAUUUCUACUCCAUCAUUAGUCCGAAACUAUCAAUAUGAUGAUAUUAUCAAGAGGCGAUUAUUGAUUGAUGGAGAGGGAGGAAAUGAUGAUAAAAGGUUGAAUAAUUUACUGAAAAUGUUCAUAAGAUGGACACAAUCACCUGUUGAUGAAGAUAGCAACAUGGUGUAUCAGAGAAUUUUAUCCACUAUAUCUCAAUGUGAAUAUACUUUGGAAAAAUCUGUCAAAGUUUAUCAAAUGAAUUUAGAAGAACAACAAAAUUAUGAAACGUUAAAUCAAAGAAUUGAGAAUAAGAUAGAAGAAGCUACUCUAAAGAUAACUGAAUGUAAAUCAGAAUUACAACAAGCUAAAAGAAUACGCAAAAAUAGACAAGAAUAUGAUGCUCUGGCUAAAGUUAUACACACUCAUCCUGAUAGACAAGCUACAACCAAGCAAUUAGAAAGUCUAGAUCAAGAACUGAAGACAUUUAAGGAUAGAAAACAGAAAUUAGAAGAAAAGUUGGAUUCUCGUCGUAAACAGUUUUUAGUGUUAAUAACAGCUAUCCAUGAACUUCAGGCUAUUUUGGAUGAAGAUGAAAAGAAAGCGGAAAUAGAGGAACAGAAGACAGAAGAGAUGGAAACAAGCUAAUGAGGACCAGUAAAAUUAUGCCAAAAGCCCAUAAACUUAAUUAUGGCAUGUUCCAUAAUCAGCAUGAACAAAAAUCUAGACAUGAAGAUAUUUGUUAAUUGGCAAAAUUCCAGAAAAAAAAAAAAAUAUGUUAGUUUCCAAAUAUUUGUGCCUUGAUACAAUUUUAUUUUCCUUUCAAUUUAGUUAUUGUCAAUCAUAUUAAAUAGAGUUACGCCCCUUGGAUAAUAACAAACUACAACUGCCAAAGGUUGGCUCACUCUCCUUUAAAAAAACGUCACAUCUUCAUUAACCUAAUUGGCACAUAAAAGUAGGAGUUGAACAAGAUUUCAUUUCAUUAAUCUGUAGAAACUGCCCUACUGCAAGCUUCAUGCAUGAAGAGUGAAUGAUUUCAAACUGUUGUAAGUUUCCAGCUGCCAUGUUUGUAAUCGUUGAUUAGUUUAUUACAGUUCCAUAUAUACUUGUUGAGAUGUAUGAAAAAAAUGGUUUGACUUGGAGAUUUCAUGUUUCCAACAUUUUCUUAUUAUUUACAUAUUUUUGUAUUUUUUUUCUUAGCAAGUUACAAAAUGUUUAGAAGAUAGUAUGCAUGUUUACCCUUGUUAUUAUAUUUGUUUUAAUUUUCAUACCAAACACUAAAUUAUUUUAAACUAGUUAUCAUAUCAAAUCUCAUUUGUGUAAUAAAAUGUGAAGAUGUACUCAAACAUGUAACUCAAGUUGGAUCACAAUAAAAUGUAAAUAUUGUA